CACAAUCUGCGACCCACCGCGUGCGCGCGCGCCCUAACAGGUGAGCGCGCGCCCAACCGGCCGCUGUUCUCUGCGCUUGACAGAUGGAGCUAGUUUGAAGAGGACACAGUGCGGCAAGAAUUUUGGAGGAAAACACCAAGAAACACGUGGUUUCAUCAGCAAUGAGAGCUGAACAGACUGAAAAUGGAGAAAUCUCAACGAACCCGCAGAGUAAAAUGCUGAUCAGCCAGCUGAAGGAGAUCACUGGAAUCCAGGACCAACAGAUUCUCUACAAAGCCCUGAAGGCCAGCCAGGGGGACGUUGGACAUGCAGUUGGACUGCUAACGACCCAGCCUGCAGAGGCUCAGGACCCUGCAGCACCACAAGAGUCAGGGAUGUCCAGAGAGACCUGGGAGGGUAAAAAAGCCCUUCCGAAAGAUGAGCUCCAGACCGCAAUAGAACUCAGUCUGCAGGAGUCCCACGAUGCCCAGGAAGAAGAGAGAGAAUUUCACAGGGCUCUGGAGGCCAGCGCAGAGGACAAUGCCGCAAGAAUGAAGAGGAAGAGAUGUGAAGCCCAGAGUGAAAUGUGCAGCCCGGCAGACUGGAUCCGUCAGGAUGAGUGGCCCGUGGGCAUUCGCAAUGUAGGAAACACCUGCUGGUUCAGCGCUGUGAUCCAGUCCCUGUUCCACUUGCCUGUGUUCCGGAGAUUGGUUCUCAAUUACCAUCUUUCCGAGCGAGUACUUGAAAAGUGCAAGAGUCACGCAGACAAGAGAAACAUAGCUUUCAUGCAGGAGCUGCGAUGCCUCUUUGCCCUCAUGGUGGGGUCCACGCGCAGGUUUGUGGACCCUUCGGCUGCAGUCGAGUUACUGCGAGAGGCCUUCAGGACAAGUGAAGCACAACAGGAUGUCAGUGAGUUUUCCCACAAACUGCUUGACUGGUUAGAAGAUGCCUUUCAGCUGGCUGCCAAUGGAAAAAACGCAGAGGACAAGCAACACAAUCCAAUGGUCCAGCUUUUCUAUGGAACUUUUGUGACAGAGAGGAGACAUGAGGGUAAGACACUAUAUAAUAUUGAGCAAUUUGGCCAAUACCCCCUGCAAGUCAAUGGAUUCAACAACCUGGAUGAAUGCCUAGAGGGUGCUAUGGUUGAAAGGGAGAUCGAGUCACUACAUACAGAUCAGACUGGCCCAUCCGGGCGUGAGAGAUGGUUUAAAAAGCUCCCACCUGUCCUGACCUUUGAACUCUCUAGAUUCGAGUUCAACACCCAGCUUGGACGUCCUGAGAAGAUACACAAAAAAUUAGAGUUUCCACAAAUCAUUUACAUGGACAGAUAUCUUCACAAAAACAUUGAACAAACCCAUGAAAGGAGGGGAGAAGUGAAAAAAAUGAAGGAACAACUUGCAGCCCUUCAACAGAAACUUGAGUGUUACAAGAAUUACGGCUCAGGACCUACUAAGUAUCCUCUGGCUGACAUGCUUCAGUUUGUUCUUGAAUUUGCUACCACCAAGCCCACUAGCCUUUCCGCAGCUGAAGACUCCAGACAAGCCACAGCUUCACCAACUCUUGCAAGCCACCCUCUCAGUGAACAAUUCCCCAAAGACAACAGUGAACCUGGCGAUAUGGAUUCAGAGGAGAUGAUUUCCCCUGUUUCGAACUGCCAGCGGACACCCAUUUACAAGCCCUUCACCCAGUGCAGACAACCUGUAGACUACCCACCACACCCAGCUCCUCACAGUGUCACUGAGGAGGAGCUGCAUUUCGUUAAGACCUGCCUACAGCGCUGGAGGACUGAAGUUGAGAACGACAUCAAUGAGCUAAAAGCCAGCAUUGACAAGCUCACUCAGACGCUCAAGGGCAUGUACACAGACAACAGCCUCUGCCAGGUGCCAUACAAACUCCAUGCAGUACUCGUCCAUGAAGGCCAAGCCUCCGCAGGACAUUACUGGGCAUACAUCUAUGAUCAUGUUAACGACCGAUGGAUGAAGUAUAAUGAUGUAAGCAUCACUGAGUCGUCGUGGGAAGAACUGGAAAGAGACUCUUUCGGAGGGAUGACCAAUGCCAGUGCUUACUGCCUGAUGUACAUCGAUGGCAGGCUUCCCACCCUCAUCACAGAAGACACAGAUGAUGAGACAGGCCAGGCGCUGCAUGGCCUGGACUCCCUGCCGCCCGUCCUCAGGCGCUACGUCCAGGAAGACAACCGCUGGUUCCAGCAGGAGCUCAAUGAAUGGGAGGAGCAGUUCUGCCAGACUGCAACCCCACAGGAAGAGUCAGCAGUGUCUGCAGAGCCCCCCGACUCUAGGUUGGAAGAUGGAGAGCAAACACCCGCUGAGUCAGCGACCCAGUCGGAUCCCCCCACCACAGAGCUGGAGCAGGGAGCUGCCUCAGAGCCCCUAUCAGAACCAGGAGAUGAAGAUCCUGUGUCAGAUUGCAGAGAGAAGACAGAAGCAGAAGAGUCAGAGUCAUCACCACCACCUGAGAGCUCUGGCUGCCGGCCAGACAACACCAGUGCUGCAGCAGUCACUGACACCGUGGAACCCAGCCAGAGCUCCAGCUCAGCUGAGAGAGAGCUGCGGAGUCAGAGUCCUGGCUCUGAUGCAGAAUCCAGUGAUAAGGUAACGUCCGAGCUCCACGUGCAGAAGGAUGACAUGGACCCGACAGGCCUGAUUCCUGAAAAUGACAGUGAGCCCGGAGCUCAAAGAGAGGUUCCUCACCAAGAAACAGAGCAGGAGCAUGAGGAGCAGCAGCAGGGGCUCCCAGCAAGACAGCGACAGCCUGAGAAUGAGGUCUCAGAGGUGGAGAUCCCCAAUGUGGGCAGGAUCAUGGUGAGGGCUGAUGCUGAUGGAUACAAUGAAGAGAUGAUGCUCACUCCAGCAAUGCAAGGUGUCAUUCUGGCAAUAGCCAAGGCCAGACAAAUCUUUGACAAAGAAGGCCCAGAGGCUGGUCUCAUUAAGGCUUUCCAUGAAGAGUAUUCCCGCUUGUAUGAGCUCUCCCUGGAGGAGAUCACACCGCAGGAGGAUGCUCGUCUGCAGCAUUCUCUGGUCUACUUCUUCCAGAACAAGGCACCCAAGCGCGUCAUUGAGAGAACGCUGCUGGAGCAGUUUACAGACCGUAACCUCAGCUUUGACGAGAGGGCUAUCAGUAUCAUGAGGGAAGCACGAGCCAAGCUGCGCCUCAUCAAGCCAGAAGACAUGGACAUGGAUGAAUACAUGGGGUGGCAUGAUGACUACACGCAGUUCAGGACAGUGUUUGUCCAUCUGCUCACUGGGUUGGAGCACUAUCAGCAUGGAAAGAUGCGAGAGGCGCUGAACUACUUGACUCAUGCUUAUGAAACCAACAGCACCUUGCUAACAAAGGGAGAGAAAUAUGGUGUCAACAGGUCUCUUAUUGCUGUUUACCGCAGGAAGUGUCUUACUGCUCUGAAUGAGAGGGCAUCGCGCCUGUUUUCCAGCGGUGAGGAGAGCAAGACAGAGGAGGGCGUCGCCAUUAUGGACGAGGCCGUCAUUCCCUGCCUUCACCUCAUGAGUCGGGACUCAGCGUCAUUGCAGGAAGACCGAGACACGAUGGAGAGCAUCCGCAGCCACUGGUGCUGCUGCCUUGGCCAGGACAUGAAUGACUCGUUGCAGGUAAAGCUGGGUGAGUUGCUGCCCAGGGUCCUGGACGGUUCUGCUGAGACAGUAGUGCUUAAGGAGCCACCCAAAGUUCAGGUCAACCAGGCCCACGACCUGUGCAGCCGCCUGGCUGCUAUUAUGGAAUCUAUUCACAGCACCACAGCAGUAAUUGUUAAGUAAAGUCCUUCCUGAAAGCCAGGACGACUUUCCUGAACUGUGCAUCUUCACUGCAAGAAAUGUGGAGGACGUUCUGUUCUGUACUAAUAAGACUGUAGGGUUGAAACAGCAUCUAGUUUAUUAUCUGCUGGUUUUGCAUUGCAUAUGCAUAUAAAAUUGAUGUGCUAGCUUAACUGUGUGAAGAUAACAGAUUAGUUGGGGCGGUCAGCACACAAAGGCCAGCUCAUCUCAGCAGUAUAACAAUGUCAGGGAAUAACUAAACAGAAAGUCCUGAGAACAUUUUAGUUAAAUAUUCAACAUUCUUCUCAAAAGCAUUUAGGUUUGUUUUGCAUCUCCAGAAUAUCACACAAUAAACCAAUAAUCUAAUGCCAUUUUUAAGCUAUAAAAUUUCCUUUUAGGUUAAAAAAAUGAACUAAAGGUGCAUUAUACAUUUAUUUUCAAAUUAAAUUGGCUUAACUGACACCCAAGGCAGAUAUUUGUUGACCAAUUAUCAGCGAGCAUCCAUGUUUUUUUACACUUUUGUGACCCAGUCAGAACUACUGAGCAUAAACAUGACUGGUUCCCAUUUGUAGAGAGACUGUAAAAGUAUAAAAAAUCCAUAAAUAUUUCUUUGUAUAUUUUUACACACACCAGUCAAACAACUUGAAAUUAAUUUGAUUAGAUAAAACAUAAAUACUGACUUCCAGAUAAACAAGUAUUUGACUGACUGGUUACCUGGUUAUAUUCGCAGAUGAACAGGACUGGGCUGUCGUAUGUUGUGUUGUCUAGCUGAGAAGGGUGAAUGCACAAUGAGGCCUUAAUCUUUUCAUAUGCAGGGAUUGGGAGGCACUGAAUUUGUACCACACACUAAGAAGUACUGUUUGUUAGCUUUUUUAAAAAUAUGUGUUUUAUAUUCCUUUUUAUUUUUGCAAAACAGAGUUUGUUCUGAAAAGAAAGGUAUCCACGACACAUGCUAAAACAAAACAAAACGACAAUGUCAUGUGGACCUUUAACAACGCUUGGAGUUCUUCCUUUGCUUUUUGAAUCAUUUUUUAUUUCCUAUGUCAGCCCUUUAAAGUAAAAGACGUGGAAAAAAACACAUUUAGCAUGGUUUCCUUCUUGUGCACCAGAUGACACAAGAAUCAUGACUAAAUCUACUGGAGCAGGAGCUUCAGGGCGCUAGUGUUGAGCAAAUGUAAUUUCUGACUGCUGAUUUCAUCAUGUCUCCUCUUCUACACCACAGCAGCACUCAAUAAAUAUUUGAAAUACUCACCGCA